UGCUGCGCCGCAGUCCCACACUCCGCCUCCGCACCAGCGCCACGCUCGGCACACCGCUUCCUCGACAUCUCCUGCUGGAAUUCAGCAAGAAGAGCUGAGCUCUCUGCAGCGAUGAUGCGCUACCGCUUGCUGUGGGCACCACUGGUGGCGCUUCUGGUGGUGGUGGUGGCCGUGGUGCUGGGCGCCGCCACGCCGGCCACCAAGCGCGUCCUCGUCGACAUUGCCGUCGACGGCGAUGAUGGCGACGAAAGGAUCGAGGCCAUUGAGACUGAUGAUCCGUCGCAGGACGACAGCGGCGAGAUUUCGGACGAGGAGGCGCAGGCAGAGAUCGAGGACGACGACGAAGACGCAGAGGCGCCGGCAGGAGCUUGGGCGACGGUGACGGAAGUGGACGCGAAGCCGACGUCGGCGUCGGAGCGGCUCUCCUUCCUGUCGGGGGCGGCGGCGCGCGUGGCCAAGGUGUGGCACGCCGCCGCGUCCGGCAAGCGGCUGCCGCGCUUCCGCGACGCCCGCACGCACAAGAUAGCUAAGGCGGCGCGGCCGCCGGACACCGCCAGGGAGCUCGACCGCGAGCGCGACAACGACCACGCGAGCGUGUACGUGUUGGACGACCCGCUGGUGGUGGAGGGCUACGCGGCGCCAGCAGGCGCGGCGCCGGGGGUGGUGUCCGGACACGCGGGGCCGCUGCCCGCCGACGACGACGACCCGAUGCUGCUGCAGGGCCACGCCCACCACGCCGCCACCGCCUACCUGGAGGCGGGCGUCGAGCCGGACCUCGAGCUGCUCUAUGUGCGCCACCGCCUCCAGAAACUCGACUUCUACUUCGAGUUCCUCAAGGUCAUGUCUGAGGACUGCCGACAGCGCAUGCUCUGCGAGGUUUCCAAGGAGCCGUCACGUUUCUACCCUCUCAGCAGUGUCCUCGAGGAUGCCACGAGUUUCAGUGGCAGCUACCAGUACGUUACGUCGCACCUGAUCAACACGACAGAAGGCGCCAGGCUGCUGUCGUACAUGGAAGCGUCGUACCGCGGCCAAGACAGGGGCCGGUCGUGCGCCGUGUUCCAGUACCGCUGCCCGGCCGCCACGGAGGAGAUGAUCAACUACGACGCCCUGUGCCUCUGGCGCGAGAUGGUGCGCUGGCUCACCAUACACAUCGUCGCGCCCAACAACUGAGCCGCGCCUCCACCCACCUGCUGCCAGCCUGGGUUUGGGUAGACGGGAUUUCACUGCACGUCUCCACCGGACGAAGAAUAUUAUCGUAGAGCAGACGCAUUUGGUUUCCGAUUAUUAGCUUUUGCGGAAGUACCAAAAGUAGUUUCUCAUUCUUUCGCCAAGUAUCAAGACUAGCGUUUGGACAGAUUCAUCUAUGUCCUCUUAUUGCAUGCUGUGUGCGUUUGUUUCAGGGGACUGCCAGUGGAGCAAAUCUGUAUUAUUCAUCCAUCUACUCUCCGCAGAGUUCUGACGAACAACAAAUUGUUAAAAUAUCUUCAUAGCUCAAAAAUUUUUAGCUACCAUCAGCUGAUGUGACGAAGAGAACGAUUACCAGGAAACAAACGCUGGUCUUUCCGUCUUUCUACUUGCCUUCAUUGGUGAAGUAGACGGCAGAAACACAUGUUACUCUUCACUGAACCAUAAAAUUCCGAAAAUAAUGUUACACAACUGUCUAGAAGUCGUCCAGCUGAUGCCGAUAUCAUGCUUUCGCUUUCGGUUGCUCUUUAUUUUAUUCCAGGAAUUGUCGCACAGUGCUGUUUAUAACGCUUUGUUUCUAGCCAUGCGCACAUUGUUUUGGCAAGAAGAGCUGAACAUGAUAUUUUUCAACUAGAAUAUAGCAAUACCUGAAUUUACGCCAGGUUCCAUACAUGAAAGUAAGGCUGAAUAGCGUGUGCUGCGGGAAGCAAAGGAAAUGAACUGAGAGAGGAUGGUCGGUGCUGGUGCAUCGUAUAAUUAAAGACGUAUUCCAAUUGUCUUCCCAUGUAUCCAUUUGUAAUAAAAGUCUCAUAAACAAAACAAAAUACUGUAAAAAUAAACUAUAUUCAAUAA